UCAGAGCUUCUGACAGGAUGUAAGAUUUCGAGAAUUUUCUGUGGUCUCGGCUCGCUCAGCCUCAGCAGGAAAGAAUGGAGAUCAGAUUAGAUUGACACUCUCUGGAUUUGGACUCCGGCUGUCUCGGCAGCUGCUUUGCUGAAUAAUUGAUCCUUUGGCUUGUGACUGGUUGAAAAUGAGGAAGGCAGCGGGGAUGGUUUGGAUCAGCCUUUUUUUGCAAGUAUCCCAUGCUGCCCAGGGUCAUUAUGCCCACAAACUUCUGAAUGAUCUGAUGGAGGACUACUCCAAUGCUUUGAGACCCGUAGAGGACACAGACGAUGCUUUGAAUGUCUCCCUGCAGAUCACACUGUCACAGAUCAAAGAUAUGGAUGAGAGGAACCAGGUGCUAACCACGUACCUGUGGAUCAGGCAGGUAUGGUAUGAUGCCUACCUGAAGUGGAACAAGGAAGACUAUGAUGACUUAGAGAUGAUCAACAUCCCCAGCGACCUGGUUUGGAAACCUGACAUCGUCCUCUACAACAAAGCAGAUGAGGAGUCGUCAGGUGCAUCCAACACCAACGUGAAGCUGCGUUACAAUGGGGAGAUCGUUUGGGACUCUCCGGCCAUCACAAAGAGCACCUGUGUGGUGGAUGUCUCCUACUUCCCCUUUGACUGGCAGCAAUGUGACCUCACCUUCGGCUCCUGGACCUACAAUGGAAACCAGGUGGACAUCAACUUGGGAAUGGACAGUGGCGACCUGUCUGACUUUGUGGAGAAUGUGGAGUGGGAGUGCCAUGGCAUGCCAGCUGUUAAAAAAGUCAUGAUGUAUGGCUGCUGCUCUGAUCCUUAUACUGAAAUCACCUACACCCUGCUGCUGAAGCGCCGCUCCUCUUUCUACAUCUUCAACCUGCUCGUGCCUUGCUUCCUCAUCUCCUUCCUGGCACCGCUGGGUUUCUACUUGCCGGCUGACUCCGGGGAGAAGGUUUCCCUGGGGGUCACGGUGCUGCUUGCACUCACUGUGUUCCAGUUGCUGGUGGCUGAGAGCAUGCCUCCUGCAGAAAGCAUGCCUUAUAUAGGAAAGUACUACAUCGCCACCAUGACUAUGAUCACAGCCUCCACUUCUCUAACAAUCUUCAUCAUGAACAUUCAUUUCUGUGGAGCUGAGGCCAAGCCAGUCCCUCACUGGGCUAAAGUGCUCAUCAUAGACUACAUGUCCAAAAUCUUCUUCGUCUACGAGGUGGGGGAGAACUGCACCACACCAGAGAGCGAGAGGACCCCGCUGUACCCAGAGGAACCCAUGAGUGACAGGAGCUGCUACCCUGAUGACUGUUACAACAACGGCCUCUACUUUCAGGACAAUGAACAGUACAAGUACAGCAAUGGCCACACCUUGCAUCAUCAUAACAAACAUCACAAAAACCAGGCAAACGGCAACGCCAGCAACAGCAAGCAUCACCACUACAAUAACCAUAACAAUCACUCCUCCAGACUGGAGAUGGGUGAGGUAAGGCGAGAGCCCACACAGCAUUACCAUCACAUAAAGCGGGACGAACUGGACUACCAGGCCCCUCCUCAUCCACGAAACCUCCAGCACCUGAAUGGAGGGCUGAAGGAGCAACUCCUCUAUUCCUCAGACAAACUUCAGAUCCCUGCUUGCCCCUGCAGCUGCCCCUGCCUCCAACAUAAUCAGGUGGUGAAGAAUAUCCAGUACAUCGCAAACUGCUUCCGCGAGCAGAGAGCUACUUGUGUCAAGGCAGCAGAGUGGAAGAAGGUUGCCAAGGUGAUGGAUAGAUUUUUCAUGUGGAUCUUUUUCGUCAUGGUCUUCGUCAUGAGCAUCCUCAUCAUCGUCAAGGCAUCCUGACAGCCUCCUCAUCAUCUUUUUACCAUCUCGAUAUCAUUGCUGGACCUUUG